CAGCGCUGGUCUGUUGGGAGACGUCGCAGGAGCGGAAGAGGCAGAGGCACUAGCAGCAGCUGCAGGAGGCAGGACCCGCCCUACACAAGCAGCCCAGGGCUCUGGCAUGGGACUUUGCCCUGGCUGAUCAGAACCCGCAGGCCAACAAAACAACAUGGAAGAAUUUCUGCAACGCACCAAAACAAAGCUGAGUCGAAAUAAACAUUUGGAUAAAGUACAUGUAGUCCUUGGAAAUAAGUCUUGUGAUUUGGAUUCUCUUAUUUCAGCAUUAACAUAUGCCUACUAUCUUGAAAAGGUCCUCCCACCUAACAUUCUGUGCUUGCCUGUACUGAACAUCCCAAGAAGAGAAUUCUGCUACUACACAGAAACAAGGUUUAUUUUGGAGGAGCUGAAUAUUCCAGAGUCUCUCCACAUCUUCCGUGAUGAAAUCAAUUUGUAUCAACUGAACAAUGAAGGGAAAUUAUCUCUUACACUUGUGAACAGCAGUGCACUAACAAGUGAAGAUAUAAGUUUGGAAUCGGCUGUUGUCAGAGUCAUCAACCCUGAAGAGCGAUGUGAUGGCAACCUGGAGUGUUCAGAAUCCUCUUCCUCUCUAGUAGCAAAAGAGAUUCUCCAAGAGGCACCAGAGUUAAUCACUCAGCAACUGGCUCAUCUCCUCAGAGGGAGCAUUCUCUCCUUAGCCAUGAGCAUGGAUCCUGGAAGAAUUACUGGGGAACAGGACGACGUGCUUUCAAGAUUAGAGGAGAAAUUUCCAGAGCUGCUGCCCCGAGAGGACAUUAUCACUGCUUUACAGGAGGCUCAGUUCCAUUCAGAUGGGCUGAGGAUUGAAGAGGCUAUACUCAGGGAUCUCAAAGAGGUGUCAGAUGGAGAAAUAAAAGUAGCAAUUAGCACUGUGUAUAUGAAUCUGGAGGACUGCCUGUUUCACAGAAACAUGACUGGAGACUUAAAAGCAUUUGUAGAUAAAUACGGUUUUGAUGUCCUUGUCAUUUUGGCCAGCUACUUAUCAGAAGAAAGGCAAGAAAAAAGGCAAAUAGCAGUUUAUUCAGAAAACAUGGAGCUGGGAAAUCAGAUUUGUUGCGAGUUAGAAGAAUGCCAGAAUCCUUGCCUGGAACUGGAUCCUCUGGAAUAUGGAUGUGAUCAACUCCUCAUUUACCAACAAGAAAAUUCUUUAGCCAAUUAUGAUGAAAUAUUUCUGCUAAUGAAAGAUGUUAUCAGCAGGAGGCAUCCAGAAAUGGCACCAAACAGUAGAACGUCUUCCACUGAAGCUGUUGCUGGAAGUGCUCCACUUUCUCAAGGAUCUUCUGGUAUUAUGGAGCUGUAUGGUUCUGACAUUGAACCGCAGCCAAAUGUUGUCAACUUUAUAGACAACCCUCAAGAUCAUAAUGGAUCUGCCCAAGCUCAUGCUGAUGUUAAUAUAGAUCUUGUGAGUCCAGAUAGUGGACUUGCUACUAUUAGAAGUAGCAGAUCUUCCAAGGAGAGCUCAGUUUUUCUUAGUGAUGAUAGCCCAGUAGCAGAAGGAGCUGCAUCUCAUCACAGUUUCCUUUCUGGUUUCGAUUCCUAUAGUCCCAUUCCUGAAGGAGCAGUAGCUGAAGAAGAAAAGCCUCAGCCUAGAAACAACAGUGACAAUUUUGAUCUCUUCAACUUUCAUUUAGCUCCAAUAGCUACAGUUCAGAUGGAUUCUUCUCAUUCUGUGGACUGUUCCCCUGCUGAUGAUUUCUCCCAUGACAGUGGUUCAUCAGAAGGACAGCCACCAACUGACUCAAACGUCAUUGAUGAGACAAAUCUAUCAGAAUGUGACAUUGCAAAUUAUUCCACUGAUUUACCAAUGGCAAGAAAUGAAGAAGAUGGCAUAGUAAAAUUUGAUGAGUAUAGCCACCAGCAAGAAAAUCCUGGGUUGAUAGGCCUGGAAAAUUAUUCUUUUUGUCCUGAAGUGUUGAAAAGUGUCGAGAGAAGAACUCCACCAACCUCUGUUAACAGUUCUGUGGAAACUUCACCUUUAGAUAAUAAGCCACCUUUAUUUUAUCCACAAGAUAUAAUAAAAAAAAAUAAUGAAAUGGAUCCUGUGAACAGUUCUCAGUCUCGUGUUAGAUAUGGGAGCUGGUGGGAUGGUUUUCAGUUAGAUUCUAAAAAUGCUGAUACGUGGAGUUCAACUGAACCAGAAACUUUAUUUCAGAGUCCUGAUUCAUGGAAAGACUAUAAAACAAAUCUAUUACUAAGAGAACAGACUGACAGAAGAGCCUCAGACUCAGUAUGUGUGCAAAAACAAUGGACAAAUAUGGAUCUUUCAAGAACAGGUAUCUGGGAGAACCAAUUUGGUCCUGCUCAAAAUGAACACACUUUGGAAUACCAACAAAAAGACUGUGAACAACAAAUGGAAGACUUUGCUAACAUGUGGAACUCCAGUCAACCUGUUACUGCAUUAUCUGGUCCAUGGAGUAAUAGCAAUAGUAAUGGUGGACACAUUGACACCAAUUCACCUAAUGUUUGGGCAAAAUAUGAUCAUGAUAAUUCUGGACAUUCAGAGGGUACAUUGAAUGUUCCUCAGGUAGAUUUUGAUCAUAUUUCACUAAGGAAUCUUGAUACAUGUGUUAUGUCUAAAUGUUCACCAGAAUGCUCUGCAAGCAAGGAUUGUGAACAUCUAAACUACCAAGGGGAUCUAGAAUCCAAAAACAAAGGGCAAGAUAGUUCAGUAGAAGACAGCAGAGCAUACAAAAAUACAAAAUCUGGUACUGGUGAUAUGGCCAAGGAAUUCCAAAGUGACACUAUACAUAAACCCAAACAAUUUGAAAAAAAUGAUGGAUGGGGUGUAUAUGACACAAACAUCAGAAAAGAUGUACUUGGAAGCCUUGUCUCUUGGGAAGAUCCCUUCUCAUCAUAUAGAGAAUCAGAUUUUAUUACCUCAAAUACACAUGAAGAUUUUAUUGUUUCUCCACCAGAUACAAAUUAUUCAACAUCAGACUCGUAUGUAUCACCCACAGGGGUUGGUGAUGAAAAAGAAAGUGAAGGCAAACUUUCUGACAGAGAACCAAUCUUUGAUCAAAUGAUAAAUUACAGCUCAAGUGAACUUGAAACAUGCAGUUUAGCAGAUGAGAAAACAUUAUCGCAGACAUCUCCUAUCCAUUCAUCUGAUUCCACCUAUGAAGUUAGAAGCCCUUGGAAAGCACCACUUAAUAAUGAAAACCAAAUGGAAGCUGUACAUUCUGAAGUUACUGUUGUAAGAGACACUGUUGAUUCAGAACAAAAAAUUGCCACAUAUUUUUCAGAUGACCACUGUGUUGACGAAAGUAGUCCUUCUAGUUCUGAAGACUGUAGAAUAACUAUGAUUUCUACACAGAAAAAUAACAAUUCACCUCUAAAUAAUAUAAUGCACAUCACAGAAAAAAGAACGAAAGUAAGUUGUGGUGUCACCCUUGAGGACACAGAUGACAUGAAGAGCACCUUUUCAGUUAGUGAUCAAGUAAAAGGAAAUGAACAGUUAGAGCAGGGCACUAAACUUCUAGAUAAACAGUUGAACCAAUGGGAUGAACAGCUUCAGUAUAAUCAAGAGGCUGGAUUAGAGCACAAUGACAUCUCUUCUGCCUCAAUGCAAGGAGUCAAGCAAUAUCGAAGGACAGACGAGGGAAGUGGACAAGUCAUCCUUAUCAAUAAUAGGGAUGAAAUCAUGCAAAAUGACAAUAUACCAUUGCCCCCUCCACUCCCUCUUGUGUAUAGUAGCAGUUCAAAGGAAAGCAGGACAAUUUUUGAUUUUCCCAGUUCACCAGAAAAAACAAGAUAUAGUGGAAGUCUAGAAGAUGUAGUAGCAGAACCAUCAGAAAUAAGCCUGCCAUUUCUCAAUCAGAUUCAUCUGGUCAGUGAGAAAAAGAAGGGGGGAUCUCUAGACAGCAAUGCAGAAUGUUUUGCUAUGUCUCCCAAAACAGAAAACAAACCCUUGGUACAUUGUCCUGACAUGGAUGAUUACCCAAAUUACAGUUUAAACAUGGCAUCCCCAUUGGUUUCUGGAAGUCUGGAUAGGGAGCUUUUGGCACAGAAGAUCCCUGAGAUGAGAAGGUCAUCUCCAAGUUCCACUACACAGUACAACAAUCAAGGAAAGCAUUCCCCAAUAUUGGUUGAAAGUCAAGAUGUAUGGAGUAAAUUGGGGAAAAGUAAGUCAGAGCCACCAUUAUUAAUAGGAGAACAUCAGGAACAUUUAUUGGAAGAACCCAUUCCUAAUUUGAAUAUUUGCAUACUUGAAACAGAAACUCCUGAAAAUGUUUCAGAAAUGCUUAGCAGAGAUGAAACGUCUUUGGAGGAUAAAAAUCAAAAGAGAUCAAUGGAAAUUCCACAGGAUCCAUACACAGAAUAUACUGAAGCCCUGGAUACCACAAAUAUGCCUACAGUAAAUAAUUUGUUGUCCUAUGAAAUGGAUUCUUCUGAGGGAAGUGAAGCUUCUGAAAGUCUGGAGUCUGAGAAUAAGCUUUCAAAUAAGCUUCCAAAUGAGAGAUGUAUUGAUAUUACAUCCCAUCAUGAGGUGUCUCAAAUUUUAGAUACUUGGAAUGUAUCAAUAAAUGAACAACCACAGUCUGUUGUAGUAAGUCCCAAGACAAAUGAAGCACUUGAAGGAUCAGAUACCGCAUAUAAUUUCCCAGCAGAUAUUUCUAUCAAAAACACCUGCAAGGAAGAUACCACUUGUAGUGGUUCCAUUGACUAUACACACUCAAGCGCAACAAGUCCUGAUAUGAGUGAUUCUUCUAUAAAUGUGCAUAUUUGGGACAGCUUGCAAGUAGCUAAUAAUCAAAAAGAAAAUGAAGGUGCUUGGGACAUCACAAAUGAUGGCGAAGGAGCACCUGGAAAAGCAUCACUUGAGACUAAAAGCCAAGAAGAUUCUGAAACAAGCACUGAUCACAAAGUGCCUAAAAACUUAGAUCUUUGGAAUGCUCAUGUAGAUGAUGAUACAGUAUCUUCUUUAUCAAGUCCUGGAAAUGAUAUUGAUUCAGAAUACUUGAAUGUACAUCAAGCAGGAAUGCCGUCAGAUUUACACCCUGAUAGACUAGAGAAUGACAUGAGAGGGCAGGAAUCUGUGCAUUCUCAUGAAACAAACCUUGAAAUUGAUUCCAAAAGUUCAAGUGCUCAGUCUAAUUUGGAGGGAAACAUCCAUGUAGUCACAUUAAAUGAAAGUUCUGAAAGUUCUGCUUUUAACACUUCAAGGGAGGAUUAUGUUAAUGAAACUUCUGAAUGUUUAGUGCAUUGGGGAACAAAUCAGGAUGAAGUGGAUGAUCAUACAGCACAAACCUCUCCUAUAAAUCACAAAGGAGAUUAUGGGCCAAAGAAUUCAGAUGCAUGGGAUGUAAUCAUACGAAGUCAUUCUGAAACUAUAUUAGAAAAAAAUCAAAAAUCCAUUGUGAACGAUCUUGGAUUUCCAGAUGAUUCCUCAGAAUGGUGGAAUUUACAAAGACAAGAUGAAAGUUCAACAGAACGUGAACAAUUUAAUUCCAGUCAUGAUUUUAAAACCAUAGUCACUGCACAAGAUGCAAUGCGAGAAAGGAAUGAAAAGCUAAGAUAUCUUGAUAUUCAUGAUGCUGCUAGAUGUGCAAAUGAGUCUACUCAAUAUAAUAGUGAAGCUGAAUGCAAAAAUAGAACACACUCAUUGGUGAACAAAAAAGAUGUACUAGAUCAAGAUACUAUAAACUUUGAAGGGUGUGGCCCAUUGUCACCAUCAUGUGAGGACGAAAAGGAUAUAAAACAAGAACCUUUUAUUACUGCUGAACAACCUGUUCUAGAAGACUGGCAAUCAAGCUUGUUGAAAGCACUUGCUCAGGUAGAUCCAACACUUGGUCUGCUAAGAGAUAAUAUGAGUGCAUCAUCCAUCAACCCAAUGGGUAAGAAAAAUACUAGUCAAAACUGUCCAUCUGAUCCUCCACUGCUUUUAAAGCCAACAAGGAAAUCUAGUCCAACAUGUGAUGAAGUUCCACAAGAAAACUCAUUUGUUCCAGAUACAUUACAAAGUAACACCCCUGAUGAAGUUCAGCCAUUUACUGUUGAUCCGGAUUUGUGGACUAAUGUUGAACAGCCUUUCAUUUUGAGAACAAAUGGAGAAAAUCCUGAUAUAUUAAGUCACUGCGAUCAAGACAGCAGUUCACAGGCCUCAAGCAGUCCUGAUGUUUGCAAUGAAUACGAAAGCAAGCAAGCAUGUGUCAAAUCUUCCGUUAUAGCUGAGCCUGAAGAAGCUGCUCAGAUGUCUCCGAUGCUGUCAGAUAUAUACAAAGACACAGGCUUUGUUUUUAAUCAGCAGCAAGCAAUUGACAGAGAAAAGUUAUGUCCUGAAAGUUUGUGUCUUCCAAAUGAUUAUGAGAUAAGUGUUGGGGUGUCCUACAAACAAACACCUCCUAAAACUGAGGAUCCAUCUGAAAUUAGAAAGGAAAAUACUACACAGGAAUCUGACAUAGCAAAUAAAACAACUAUUGAACUAGAUGAUCUGCCAUGUUUCUGCAGUGGAAAUUUAGAAACAGAAUCCUUAAACCUGGAUAGCAAUGCAUUUGAAAAUAAAAGUUUUGAAGAACAGGAAAGCUCAGCUUGCACAGAUAAAAUGAAGUCUAUGGAUCCUGCUGUUGCUCCAAUUUCACCCACAGGGAUGUGUGAUCAGAUGGAAACACCAGAUAUACAUAGCAUCAGUAAGAUGUCAGUUACCACUAACACAUCUACCAUACUGAAUGAAGUUAAUCCCCUGACAAUCAUAGACAGUGAAUCAGAAAAAAUAGUAGAAAUCAAUGCAACACUGACAAAGAAACACUCAUUGCACACCUCCCUAGAAGAAGAAAAUGAAGUUUUCCUCUAUGGUGCAGGAAGUCAGUAUGCUACUGAUAUUAGACAAGAAUCUGAAAAUAUGCAGGAGAAUCAUAGCCCAUGGAUUGUAGAAUCACCCACGAAACAAUCAUCACAUGUGUGUACUUCUCCAUUUGUUGAAUCAUUUGGUACUGAUUACAUUCUUAAAGGUGAGGUUGCAGAAGUAGAUCAAGGUUGGGGAUCACUAUUAGUAGAGUCUGAUGGGACUCCUGGAUCUUCAUGCACUUUGAAAAGAUUUGAGUAUGAAACAGAUUCAAGUAAUAUUGAAUCACCAGCUGGUGACAAUGAAAUUAAGCUUUCAGAAUCUAAAGCUACUGAUGUCAAAGGUGAGGCUCAAGAAGUUCAAGUCUGGGGAUCAUUUUUGUUAGAAUCUAGUGAAACUCCUGAAUCUUCAUAUGUUUUAAAAGAAUUUCAACAUGAAAGAGAUUCAAGUAAUACUGAUUUACCAGCUGGUGGUGGUGAAAGGAAUCUUUCCGAAUCUAAAUGUAGUGAUACCAAUGGCAAAGCUGGGGAAUGUUCUCAAGAAGAUCAAGACUGGGGCUCUUUAUUAUUAGAAUCUGAAGUAACUCCUAAGUCAACUGAUUCGUUGAAAGAAUUUGAGUAUGAAGUAGAAUCAAUUAAUAUUGAUUCACCAGCAGAUGGAGUUAUAAGCAUGGCCAGUGAAGAUGUAUGUGAAACACUUCAUAAUGUAGGUGAAGAGUGUAUGUCCACAGAAAGGCCAGAGCUGAUAAGAACAGAAAAAAGGGAAAACACAAAGUUAAAGGAGGCAGAUGAUCAAUCUUCAUUAGAGAUGGAUUAUGUCCUCCUUACUGGUGAAGAAACUGUAUCUUUGAGGACGGAUAUCUUGGUAACACAAGAAAGCAAUUUCACUUCACAGGAAGCUACAGUGGUAAAACAAGUGGAUUCUCUUAAAACCUUUUCAGCAGACUCCUCGGAUACAUUUCAGUCAAUCUCCAUAAUAAAUAAAAGUGAAGGGCAGUCUACUCUGGAGACUGAAUGGGAUUCUUUCUAUUUAACAGAGAAAAGUUCUGCUGUUGUACCUCAAAAACUGGGAGAUAAAAAGAAAUCACCCAGAAGCCCUGCACAAGAUCAGGAAUGGACGGUGGUAGGCCAAAAUGGAGUGGAUGAUAUAUCGUCUGAAGAACACUAUAGCAGGACAGACACAAUAAAGUCAUUGUCUAGACACCCUGUUAAAGAAUUAGAAGAUGUUUUAAGCCAAGAAUUGAUUUGUGAGACACAAACUGAAAGUCUACUAGAGAGAAACCCUCACAAAUCAUUGGAACAAGAGGACGAGAAUUUACACAAUAGAGAGACAGAUGCUGUUUUAUUGCAAGUUAUUGCGGGUGAUGGUGAAUUGGAUGUCCAUUCACAACAUCCUGGAGAUGGCGUGGUGACAGAACGAGAAAUAGAAGAGGAGACCCAAUUUGUUGGCAGUGAAAAGGAACUCAGCCAUUUAACAGGAUUGGAACCAGAGGAUGUGGGAAUGGAUAUUUCCUUUAAUGAGACUACGUUAGGCUCCAGUGCUGCAGAGAUGAGACCUGAACCUCCUAAUUCUCUAGAUAUUAAUGGCUCCAAUCCCAGAAGAAUAAAGCUCACAGCUCCAAAUAUCAAUCUCUCUUUGGACCAGAGUGAAGGAUCUGUCCUUUCUGAUGAUAACUUAGACACGCCAGAUGAAAUUGACAUCAAUGUAGACGAUCUUGACACGCCGGAUGAAGCAGAUUCUUUUGAAUAUGCUGGACAUGAAGAGCAGCCAGCCAUUAAGGAAGCUCCCCAGGAGGAAUCUGAAUCAAUCCCAGAAUAUACUGCAGAGGAAGAGCGAGAAGACAACAGAUUAUGGAGAACAGUUGUUAUUGGAGAACAGGAACAGAGGAUUGAUAUGAAAGCUAUUGAAUCUUAUAAAAAGGUCAUUUCUCAUGGAGGAUACUAUGGUGAUGGUCUAAAUGCUAUCAUUGUGUUUGCUGCGUGUUUUCUACCAGACAGCAGCCGACCGGAUUACAACUAUGUCAUGGAAAACCUUUUCCUAUAUGUAAUAAGUACUUUGGAACUCAUGGUUGCUGAAGACUAUAUGAUUGUUUACUUGAAUGGAGCAACACCAAGGAGAAAGAUGCCAGGACUGGGGUGGAUGAAAAGAUGUUACCAGAUGAUUGACAGGCGGUUAAGGAAGAACUUGAAAUCUUUCAUCAUUGUUCACCCCUCUUGGUUUAUUAGAACAAUUCUAGCACUGACACGGCCUUUCAUAAGCUCAAAAUUCAGCAGUAAAAUAAAUUAUGUCAGCACUUUGGCAGAGCUCAGUGAACUAAUUCCAAUGGAAUAUGUAAAUAUCCCAGAAAGUAUUAUCAAGUAUGAUGAAGACAGGUCCUUUCAGAGAAGAGUAAGAGCGAGCUGUCUUUCAAAUGAACCAGAAAUAGCUUCCAUCCAGCAGGACAUUGAUAUGACGCUGAAAGGAAAUUCCUAACUACCUUGGCAAAGUGGAAAAGAGAAUUUUCAUCUGUUUGGUGUACCUGGGCCUCGAAGAUUGGGAACAAUUUUGGCUUCUUGUUUGGGGACAAUCCUCCAGGCUCGCCUUGUGCACGAGCCUCAUUACUUUCUGUGAGGCCUCUUUGUUCAAGAAUAGUUCCUGGUAGAUUGCAGCCUGUAUUAUCUGAUCACUCAGUGCCAUUCAGAAUUUUCUGAGGUAAAAAAGAAGGGAGGGGGGAAUGCUACUGCCAAAUAGGCAGCAACAUGUGGAUUUGUGUAUUACUAUUUUCAGGAGUGUUGCCUGCAAUAAGGGAAUUUCUUCCAUUAUGCCUUUUCCCCCCAGUUCUGAAUUAUUUUGCUUAUCAGUGUGCCUCAUCCAUGAUUUUGUAAGUUUGAUUUGUUCUAUUUUGUCUUCAACAUGUUAACAUAUCUGUGCCUAGUUCAAUUAUAAAUGUUUAGUUCCACACAACAAUGCUGAGUUUUUCCACAUGCUCCCCAGCCCAGUUGCUCCAGUGCACAUUAAAGGGGAUCAAAAAUGCACACAGAAUCCUGUGCAAGGAUUCUUUUGUUUAUGAAGGUAUGAACACACAAUACUUCCAAAAAGAAAUUGGGGAUCCCUAGCUCACAUGGAGAUUUACAUGUGCUUUAGAGACUUCACAGAUCUUGGUUUGCCACCAUUAGCUAUAACUCGCAACUCUUUUGUUCCCGCCCCCCCCAUCACUGUUUAAAUUGCAGGUACUUUGCAGGAUCACUCCUGAUCAUAAAGGUACCAUGAACAACAAGGAUGGAAUAAUUUUUUCUUAGCUGUGUGUGUUGUAAUUAAGAAAACAGGAAGUCCCAAGACAAGCUCUGUGUAUGAACUAGAGCACAUAUGGUCCAUAGUGAGAUCCAAGACAGAAUGGAUGUGGUAAGAAAUAAACCAUAUGCUAAGAUUAUUGGAUAGUAUGCUGAAAUAUCAGCUCAAAUGAGAGAACAAAGGCUCUGGUUUCAUUUGAUUGCUGUAAAAAUACUCAUCAACAAAGUGCAAAUUUCAACAUCUAGUGCUAAUUACAGUACCAUACAGUGACAAACAUCUCUCUGUUGAAAAGAAGACCUACAUAUUCUAAAACACAAUUGUUUAUCUUCAAAUGGUGAUGACCAAUUAAUCAAUUUGACAGAUUAGAAAUAGAUUUUGUGUGGGUCUUAUUUAAUCAAUAGAAAUAACAUGCUAAUAGAAAUAACAUGUUCAUAAUAAUUAUCUAAUAAAUAUAGUCAGUCACCAAUUAUUAUCAUCUUACUCUAGAAAUAUAGCUUCAAAGACUUAGAUGCAAAUUAGUAUCAUUUAUUACUAGACAUCAUUUGUCAUUAAUCAUCAAUAAUCACUAUGUUGGGCAGGGGUGGUAGUGGAAAGUCCUGUGGUUGCCAUUUUCUCCAUUCACAUUCACUUUAAACAAUAUAUUGUCAUGUAGGGAAGGUACCCAGCCUGCUGCUCCACAGGUAAGUGGAUGGAUGGAAGAAAAAGGGAAGAUGGGGGCUUUUGCAGCUCAUCAUCAAAGCCACCACUGUUGGCAAGGAAAGUUUUCCUACCAUUUUAGUAUUCCAAAAUAACUUUUAUUUCUUCCUCAUAUGAGAAGGUAGCAGCAAGUAACAACUGAGGGACAUUAAAUCCAUUCCUGUCUUUGGGUAUUCCUAUUUCUGGAAUGUGAGUCAUGCUUAGUGUCCCCUCAGUGGGUCCUAGACUACAGAUCAUUAAUUUUGUUCCAGUGAGAACUGAGUCAGUCCAUAUAUGCACAACUGCACCCACUUUAUUUAUCUUUCUUGAUCUGCCACUUGAAUGUCUGAUGAAAAAAAGAAUAUUGGGAAUUUACUUUUCUAUAUGUUGGACUUGGAUCAAAGAUCCCCAUUCUCCAGAGGAGUUUUCUGCCAAUGAAGAGUCAUCCUCUAGUAGUGGAAGCUCCUUCCAUCAGAGGAAAGAAACCUUUGGAUCCAACACUGUAGGCUGUUUUUUUUUAAAGGAUUGAAAUAGGCCCGGUCAACAGAAAAAAAUGAAGAGAAAGAAAUAAGAAUUAUCUGUAGUUAAAUGUCAGGGAAUAAAUCAUAUUUUUUGCAGCAUAUCUGAAGUUCCUGGUUUAAUUUCAGUUUUUACACUGCCUGUGGUAUUUCCUUAAUCUAAGCUUGAAGAAGUGCCAUGAAUAGUGCAUAUCUUGUGAGGUGCCAGUCCUGUAAUGCACUGAGCAUCAAUUUUAACACAGCAGUGGACCCCAACUUAGCACCUGACAUUUUACACCAUCAUAUAGAAUGUGACUUGAGAAUUGGGUCAUUCUUCAGAAAAAACUCUACUUCAGAUGCCAUUGAUUAACAAGCAAAGGUUUGAGUUACCUUCCAGAUACUCAGAUGGUUCUCAGUAUGAAUUUUUCAGUGUGUCCAGCAUAGGGAUGCCAGGCUCAGGGCCUGAGAAUGAUUCUAUAUCUUUAAGAGAACCAAAAAUUCAGCCAA